GACGUCUGGGAUGUUCUGGACCGUUUGAAGCUUCCGGUUAACUGCGCGCAGGUUAGCCGAUCCCCAUCGAGGGCAUGCUACAUGCAUGUAUGUGUGAUUGAGUUAUGGAGAUGGUUAACUUCAGGUUACCAGUCACAGACCGGGCGACGUGGCGGUGGCCAACAGCGGAGACUCCCGGAAGCACGGACACGCGCAACUCCAAUGAAUACUACUUUAAAUGAAGGAUUUAGUUUAGGAUACACCCUGCAGCUCAGAUGAAACUAACUCUGCAUAUCUUUUUAUGGUAAGCAGGACACCAGUUCUCACAGAACAUGGACAAAGGGUGGUUUAUUGGACAUGAGAGGAUCCCCCCUCCAAAGGAGGAGACGUCCAGCUCUUACAGCAGGGUGUCAAGGCCUUGCAUUACGAUUAACCUGACUGAAAUGCUUCAAGCUGACAAACCUAGUGCACUAAAGAAACCAAUUCCAAUCCGUCCCCCAAGCCCCAGGGUCUCUCAGCAGAGGGCACAAGAGUUCCAUCGUAGUCUCUCCUGUGAACCCACGCCUAAACCCAUCAUCCGACAAAGAUCCCGCUCUCUGCCUUCCGCUACAGAGAAGAAGAAGCAAUGCAGGAAUGUUGGCGUACGCUUUGUUGAUUCUUUGGGGCUUGACUUGGAAGACAUCAAGAUUUUCAAAUCUGGAGAAGAUCCAUUUGUACCACAUCAUGUUGUCUUUAGGUUGUUGAUGGGUGCAGAGAUGGCAGAUGGAAAGCAUCUGGAGAUAUCCUUGCCAUACAUGAGGCCAGUUUUUGCCCAACAACCUGGCGACCAGCCCGGAUUCCUGCAUCACCUUUAUGAGCAGAAAGUGUGUCUUGAGAGAGUCUUGUGUUUUGAACUGGGUGUCAUCGGAAUCACCCAGGUCCUCAAUUUGGACUUUGAGAAAGAUGUCAUAGCUCGAUAUUCAUUUACAGAUUGGAAGAGCUGCACAGAAACUAAGGCCUCUUGGGUGUCCACCAUCAACAAGACCCGGGAAGGAGGAGAAGGCCAACUCAGCUAUGAUACAUUUCGUUUCCACUUGCCUGUUCCUCCGUUCCUGCAGCCAGAAGCAGUGUUACAGUUUGCCAUUCAAUACAAAGUCGGUGGCACUGAAUACUGGGACAACAAUGAUGGAGAGAAUUAUAAGUUAGUUUGCCAUAACUACAAGCUCACUGUACCCAAAGAAUGUGAGGAUAGUAUGGUGCACUUCUUUUAGGAUACUGACUUAAGGUAGAUGAAAUCUAUUUAGAGCACUUUAUGAUGGUUGUCAGCAAGACCUAAAUAUGCAAAACUGCAUUGUGACAUGUAAUGUUAAUUUUGUGAGACUUCUUUGAAUCAAGUUAGAUUUGAGAUAUACUGUCAACUCUGGACAGACUUAGUCAGAGUGAACAAUAACACAAACACUAGUGCACUUCUACCUUAAGCCAACUUUAAUGCCACUGUAUUCCUUUUGUGUUUGCUUUUCUAAAAAUGCACUCUUUAAUUUUAUUGUACUGGCUUUUAAAAAAAAAAAAGCACUUUAAUGGGGGUAAAUUGAAUGGAAGUCACACCU